AUGUGUGUGUGUGUGUGUGUAGUUGUGGAGGUGAUGGAGAAUUUGGCAUAUCUGGCAAAUGCAAGCAACUUGGUGUUGUAUUUGAUACAACACAUGCACUUUUCUCCUUCAAAAGCAGCAAAUCAUGUCACAAAUUUCAUGGGCACUGCUUUUCUUCUGGCUCUUCUUGGUGGCUUCUUGUCUGAUGCUUUCUUCACCACUUAUCACAUCUACCUCAUCACUGCUCUUCUUGAGUUCUUGGGUCUUGUGAUACUGACAAUCCAAGCUCAUUCGCCAUCGUUAAAGCCACCCGAAUGCAACCCUAUAAAUGUUGCGGUACCAUGUCAAGAUGUGCACGGUGCAAAAGCUACGAUGUUGUUUUUGGGUCUUUAUUUGGUCGCGUUAGGCGUAGGAGGCAUAAAAGGAUCUCUACCUGCACACGGUGCUCAACAAUUCGAUGACAACACCGUGAAGGGAAGAAAACAGAGAUCGACGUUUUUUAACUACUUUGUGGUUUGCCUCGCCAUUGGUGCUCUUAUUGCAGUUACCUUUGUGGUUUGGAUCGAAGACAACAAAGGAUGGGAGUGGGGUUUCGGAAUUUCUAUGUUGACUGUUUUGUUGUCAAUCCCUGUGUUCCUAGCUGGUUCGGGUUUUUACAGGAACAAGAUCCCUUCCGGAAGCCCUCUCACCACAAUUUUUAAGGUAUUGAUUGCAUCAAUGUUAAACGUCAAUCCAAGCAAUGCCAUCGCAAGCAUGACGUCGUUACCGCCAAACAAUGUUGAACAACAACAAACCGUCUCCAAAGAUCUCGAAGAACUCGAAACUCUGUCUUCGAGUCUCCGAUUCUUAAAUCGUGCAGCACUAAACAAACCGGCCUACAAUUUCCUCCGAUGUUCGGUCAAACAAGUCGAAGAAGUCAAAGUCGUCCUACGUGUCCUCCCGACCUUCGGUUGCACUAUCAUGCUCAACUGUUGCCUAGCUCAGCUUUCGACAUUCUCCGUCCAACAAGCGUCCACCAUGAAUACAAAGAUCGGAUCACUAAAAGUUCCAGCUGCCUCCCUCCCGGUUUUUCCGGUGAUAUUCAUCAUUGUCAUUGGUCCGAUCUACAAUCAUAUCAUUAUCCCGUUUGCCCGAAAAGCCAGGAAAUCAGAAAUGGGUGUUUCACACUUACAACGGAUCGGAGUAGGCCUACUCUUCUCGAUAAUGGCCAUGGCCAUUGCGGCACUAGUUGAGAUCAAACGCAAAGGGAUCGCCACAAGAACCGGAUUCGAUCCUAGUGAGCCAUUGCCGAUUACAUUUCUAUGGAUCGCUUUCCAAUACUUGUUUCUCGGGUCUGCCGAUCUUUUCACAUUGGCCGGAUUAAUGGAGUUCUUUUUCACCGAAGCUCCGGCAAGUAUGAAAUCUCUAGCCACCUCGCUAUCAUUCGCAUCAUUGGCUAUGGGGUACUAUUUGAGCACGGUGAUGGUGUCAAUCGUGAAUAGCGCCACCGGGAGCUCCGGCCACCCUGGGUGGCUCUCCGGUGGAAACUUGAACCAAUACCAUUUGGAGAGAUUUUACUGGCUGAUGUGCGUAUUGAGCGGUUUGAAUUUCUUGCAUUAUUUGUUUUGGGCUCAUCGAUACAAGUACCAAUCUAUAGGGGCUAGAUGUUAAAUUAUGGAGAAGUUGAAGGUGUAUUGAAGGAAAUGUUGCAAAGUC